AUGCAUCCCUUCCUCGACAGUUCCGUCAGUAUGUCGACGCCCCGCUAUCAAUUGCGCCCGCCAAAGUCACCACUCUACGUGCCGGCCGUUUUACGUCCAACUGAGCCACCACGACGCUUAAAACAAGAAUCCCAGACGCCGACUUCCCCUCGAAGCUUGCAUGAGGAAGCCUUGCGUAUGAUUGGGACGGCUGAUAGUAGCAAAUACGGCAUUGAUGGCGAAUUUGGCAUUCCCGAAGCCGUGAUAAAGGGUCUCGGACAGGUUACUGGCCCACCAACUCGUGUGCACUGGAAGCCUGAUGUCCUUUCAGCUCACUGCGAUGAUCCCUCUGGUCUUUGCACGCGCAACUUCACCACCUUUUAUCGUCGACACCACUGCCGCCGCUGUGGCUUGGUAUUUUGCCAAUCACAUUCCACGUAUCUCCUUCCACUCGACCAAGACGCCAACUUUCAUCCCAGGGGAGCCCGUACGCGCGGCUGCGAGAGCUGUUGGUUCCAGUGGAUAAAAUGGGUAGAAGUACGUCGAACAGCUGCUGUCAAGGCAAAAAAAAAAAAUAGUACAGAGGUGGCUGCUAUUCCAAAGCCGGUUCACGAUGCAGAGGUUCAUGCCAAAAAUGUUGGUGAGAUUUUGCCAUCAAAUCCAGCUUACGGAAAAGAACCUCGCCAUCUAUCUGUUCCAUCAAAUCUAGGCUCUGUCCCUCAAAGUGUACCUCGUGACUGGCAUUGGAGUACCUUCUGA